ACUCCAUCCUAUUCUGGAGGCAAAACAUAGUAAUACUGUUACUAAUGCUAAGAAGCAAGCCAUUUGGCUUGAAAUUGUUAGAAAAGUCAAUGCUGUGGGGGUGGCAAAAAGGAGUUUGACAGAAGUCAAAGAUAAAUGGCGUAAUAUGUGUCGGGAAGCAAAAUUGAAAUUUACGGAAAACAGGAGACAAAUGACAAAAACAGGAGGAGGGCCUCCACCUACCCCUCUUUCCCAAACAAUGCAGGAUGUGGUGGACAUGUACAGGGAUGCCAGUUCCUUCCACGGGAUUGAAGGGGGCAUUGAAACUUCAAUGCCUGGAUGUUCUGUAUUAUCCUCCAUGGCAGCAUCUCCCACUCAGACUGUAACUAAGGAUCAACAUGAUAUGGACAUAUGGCAAGAUGCUUGUGAGGACCUUCCUGUGCCCUCCCAAUCCCCUAUCUCAGCAAGUCAAGCUUUCAUUGUCAUGGAGACGCCCUUAGAGGAACCCCUUUCCCCACCUAGUCCACCAAAACAACCAAGUUCAUCAUUGCCUAGCUGUAGUAGAGACACAAGGCAGUAUCCAUAUCAAGGAAAGGAGAAGGAGAAGCGCAAGUGUGGGAAAAAGUCAGUGGAAGAUGUUUACAGGUUGCAGUGUGAAGUGCUUGAGGAGGAGAAAGAGAAGAUCAAGAAGGAAAAGGAAAAGCUGGAUCUGCAAAUUCAACUUCUUCAUUCAAUUCUUAAAAAACAGGAUUAUGACCAGACAGAGCUCUUUGCCUCCUUCAUGUAAACCAAAUAAUGCUUUAAUAUUAUAACUGCCAAGCUUUCCAUUUAUUACAUGUACUUAGUCCCCUAGUCUCUGAUAUCUGCAUAUAACUAUAGGAGUAGGACUCACCCAAUCUUAAUUUAAUUAAUUUUUCACCCUAAAGUGAAUGUAUAUAAACAUCUCCAUUCAUAUUCAUUAUUGCAUGCCUCCCACUUUCAAAGGUUAGGGGAAAUUGAAUCUUAUUCAUCUGUCCGUCCGUCAGUCUGUUACAAAAAUUUUAACUUUGGCCACAACUUUUGCUCCAGAAGAGAUGUCCUUUCACUUUUUUUCAUAUGUGCAUUAUUUGUGUUAUUGAUAUUUGAUAAAUUUUAGUAAAAUGUGAUAUAAAAAUAGAAACAUACAUUCUCCCAGAAUUGAAAAUUCACAUGUAAAUAUCCUACACUUUAAGUUCUCUUUAGAGAAAAUGUAUUACAUGUAUUCAUUUUUAUAAAAAGUCAACAAAAUGAUGGAAAUGGAUAUCAGAUUAUAAUGACUGUCAAAAUGUGGAAAUUGAACCAUUCUUUUCAGAUAUUUUGGCAGUUUAAACAAAAAAAUCAAUACCAAAAAUUUUAAAGAUUCAGUAGUUGAUGCCACAAUAUUUGACCUUUGAUCUGUUAACAUAACCUUAACCUUUAUUGUACAUAAAGAAGGAAGACUCCUUAUAUAUAUGUCCAAAUAUCAGACGUGAUCUUCCAUUGAACUGUCAAAAUCCUGGAAUUUGCCAGUACUCGACCAUAGA